AUUCGUUUCGGAAAUCAGUUCUCGUUUAAACGCGACGCAACGAGCAACAUGCAGCCGUUGCUCCUAGUGCUGGCCCUUUGUGUGGCCCAAGUUUGUGCCCGCUCCGAGGGCUCUCCAGCCGACUAUAAUGACGACUACGACGAGGAUACCAGGAUCCAGACCUCAUGGCAGCCCGAGCCGCUGAAGCCAGCCCCCUGGCAGUCGGAACCCCAAUAUGUCCAGACCCAGGAAGCCAUUGUUCAAGUUCCCGAAGUCGGACAGAUUUCGGGAAUUAAAAACUUCAAGACCAUUGCCAAUCGUCCGGUGAAUGCUUUUCGCGGUCUGCGGUACGGCAAAGUUGGAGGCGGCUUGGCACGCUUCCAGGCUGCCCAACCAACAGGAUUCCAGGGAAGGGUUAGUGCCACCGAAAAGAGCACCAACUGCGCCCAGUUUCCGGAGCUAGACCGUCUGAGAAAGUCCGAGUCCCAGGGAGAAAACGUCGACGACUGCCUCACUUUGGACAUCUACGCACCGGAUGGCGCCAGUCAGCUGCCCGUGUUGGUCUUUGUUCACGGUGAAAUGCUGUUUGACGGUGGCUCUGAGGAGGCCCAACCGGACUAUGUUCUGGAGAAGGAUGUGCUGUUGGUCUCCAUCAACUAUCGGCUGGCUCCCUUUGGCUUCCUGAGCGCGCUUAGCGACGAGCUUCCCGGAAACGUGGCCCUUUCGGAUCUGCACUUGGCCCUGGAAUGGCUGCAGCGCAAUCUGGUCUACUUUGGUGGCAAUCCCGAAAAGGUGACUCUGGUGGGUCAGGCAGGUGGUGCCACGUUGGCCCACGCUUUGAGCCUAAGCGGCCGGGCCAACAACCUGUUCCAGCAGCUGAUCCUGCAGUCGGGUACCGCCUUGAAUCCCUAUCUGAUUGACGAGGAACCACUUGAGACCCUGAACACUUUCGCACGUCUCGCCCGCUGUCCACCCUCCCACCCUACUUCACGGGGACUCGCACCCAUUUACGACUGCCUCAGCCGACUGCCUACCUCCCAGUUGGUGGCCGCCUUCGAGCAACUGCUGGUGCAAAACGAGCCGCUCGGCCUCGCCCACCUGGGGGGCUUCAAACUGGUGGUCGGCGACUCCCUGGGCUACCUGCACAGCCACCCAGCCGCCCUGGUCACGAACGGUAGUGUUUCGCUGCCCACGAUUGUUGGCGCCACCAAAGACGCCAGCUCCUUCAUCUUGUCACGCAUCUACGAUCAGAUCGCACGUCUGCAGUCGCGCAAUGUGAGUGAAUAUAUCGACGUGGUGCUACGCCACACAGCACCUUCCAGAGAUCACGCCAAAUGGAAGCAGUGGGCACUUCGCGAGAUCUUCAGUCCGGAGCAGGAAUUCACGGCUAGCCUAAGAACAGUAGCCAAUGGUCUUCUGGAGCUGAGCAACUACAUCCUUUACCGUGCACCCGUGAUCAACACCAUCCGUCACCGCUGGACCCCCGCCUACCUGUACAUUUUUGGUUAUCGCGGAGAGUACCACCGGUUCGGGCACUUGUCCAACCCUCUCCCCUUCGCAGUGGAUGCUUCCCUCAGCGAUGACAGCGUGUACUUAUUUCCCUAUCCGCAAGAGGCCAGUAACCUCAAUCCCUUGGACAGGUCGCUAUCCCGCGCCUUGGUCACCAUGUGGGUAAAUUUUGCUGCUACUGGCGUACCCAAUCCAAGUCCCGGUGUAUGGCCGCAGGCUACCACUGAGUAUGGUCCCGUCCUGCGUAUCACAAACUCUCGCCAAAACCCUCUCGAAGUCGAUGAACACUUUGGCGAGGGCAUUAACUUGCCCGGUUAUAGCAUGCUGAGACUUAAGCCAGCUGUCAACUCUUCUGCUCCAACCACCACAACUACAACGACAACAACAACAACUACAAGCCGCCCGUACGCGAUCAAUCCAUAUGCCAACUGGCAAAACAGGCCAACCCAGCAACAACACACUUGGCAUCCUGCCGAUCCGGAAUACGUCAGAGCUCAAGAAGCCCGUCAGCAACAAUUUAUUCGCGAAAGAGAGCAGCGUUGGCGAGAGCAGCAGCAGCGUCGCCCUCAGCCGGAUUCCCGCCAGGAGCAAGAAGAGCAACGGCAUCAGCAACAAGAGCGAGAACGUCAGCAGAGAGAGCAACAAGAGCGAGUGCGUCAGCAGCGAGAGCAGGAAGAGCGAGUCCGUCAGCAGAAGGAACGUGAGCAGCGAGAAGGAGAACAGCGAGAAAGAGAGCAGCGAGAACAAGAACAGCGAGCACAAGAGCAGCAUGAACGAGAGCAGCGAGAACGAGAACGAGAUCAACAGCCCGAUGAUACUCCACCAGUAGAUGACGAUAACCGUUGGGGCUAUCCCAAUUAUGGCAAUGAGCAGCAACAGCGAGAAGAGCAAGAACGAGAACAACAACGAGAGCAGGAAGUACGAGACCAGGAAGAGAGAGAUCGCGAGCAACAAGCACGCGAGCAACAAGCACGCGAGCAACAAGCACGCGAGCAACAAGAACGCGAGCAACAGGAUCGAGAGCAACAGCCAGAAGGUAGUUCGGAAGGUGAUCGCCUACCAUAUCCCUCGUACGAACAGUUUGGCCAAGAAGAGAAUGAAAACCCACCUGAGUCAGAUUCCAGCCCCAACUACAAGGAGGAAGAAGACCGCGAGCAACAACAGCAAGAGCAGCUGCGUCGAGAGCAGCAGGAACAGCAAGAGCGGGAGUAUCGGUUGCAGCAAGAACGCGAGCAGCAAGAACGGACUCGGGAGUAUCAGCCGGGAGACAAACCUGAAGACUACCCAAGCUACGAUGAAUAUAUUAAGGCCCAGGAAGCAAAAAAUGCGGAACGAUACUAUGCCGAGGAGCAGGAGCGCGAACGACAGCAGCAAGAGCAAUUGCAUCAAGAGAGGCAAGAUCGGCCGGAAGAAAGUCUGCCAGAUGAACGCCAGGCCUAUCCAACCUAUGACACAUAUGAGCCCGAUCGAAACUAUGUAGAGGAGCAGGAACGCGAGCAACAGCGAAACGACCAAGUGGAACAGGAAAGAGAACAACAGCCUGGCGGGGAUCAAGGUGAGGAGUACGAACACUCCCAGGAAGGAGCUGAACAGGAAGAACUCAAGGUCGAGGACUUCCCCAGCUAUGAGGCUUACGUGGAAGCAGCGACCAAGCUUCGUGAGAAACAGGAGGAAACUGAGAGGUUGGAGGACGAACGUAACAGGGCCCAACAGGAGCAGGAGGACCGCAUCCAGGCAGAGAGGGAAAGUAAGUCCCUGCGUCAAUUUUCGCAACUGAGAAGCCUUAUCAUCGGUCCUCAUCACGUGAAGAUUCUGCCCAGACAGCAGUAGAUGAUACCAUCUGAUAUCAUUAUCUUUAUAUUUUAAAAUAUUUACAAAUCAUAUUUCAAAAUUGGCAGCGUUAUAUCUGGCGUAUUUUUAAGGAAUGAAAGGUAUGGCUUGGAUACGUGUUUUAGAUAGUACAAUUUCAAGUCCCAUUUUUUAAAGGCCUAAGUUUUUGAAUAAAUAAUUUUUUAAUAACCUGUGUAA